AUGGGUUACCCAAAGAUAGAUAUACCAACUGACGACUUGGUUUUGGUAAAUAAUUUUGAAGAUACUUUCGGUGACAUAUAUGGUGGUGGUGUCUGGAGUGAACUUAGUGAAACAGUUGCUUCCAACAUAUCUCAAAAUGUUGUCUCACUUGCUUCAUUCUAUGGGGAAAAACAGAUAUUUGCAUGCACCGGUUUUUUAAUUGAAUGGAAUGGUUGUGUGACUAUUUUAACUUCAGCUAGCUUGGUCUCUGAUUUUGUUGUUGACAUGAAGAUUGCUGAAAACUUGAGGAUUGAAGUGUUGCUUCCAAAUGAAGAGCGCAGAGUAGGGGCACUACAGCAUUAUAACUUGCACUACAAUGUUGCUCUAGCCAAUGUCAAGGAUUUCUUAUGCUUGAGUGGGCUAGCAACUGUUGCUGAAGUUGGCUUUGAUGGUUAUGAAUCUAGUGUGCUUGAGUGGGCUAGCAAUUGA